AUGGACCUGUUGGCCGGCAUCCGCAAGACGGGUUCCCGUGGAGGCGUCAACUUUAGCUGGGACGAGAUCGCGACAUCAACCCAUCGAGAAAACUAUCUUGGCCACAGCCUCAAAGCGCCCGUCGGCCGAUGGCAGAAGGGCAAAGACUUGAACUGGUACGCCAAAGCCGAUUUGGCGCCGGCCGAUGGUAGCGAAACGGUUGAGGAGCGGGAGGAACGGGAGCGCAAGGAGGAAAUACGCAGGGUCAAGGAAGCAGAGGAAGACGCUCUCGCUCGGGCGCUGGGCCUGCCGCCGCCACAGCGAACGACUUCCGGUGCGAAUGCGGUCGAGGUUGGAAUCCAGAGGCAUAUUGGGCCUAGCGUGAGCGUGAGCGAAGACACCGAGACUCGGACCGGAGGGAUCGACGGCGACACCGAAGUGGAAGCCGCAGAAGGUAUGGCGACCGUGAACACGGCGAUGGCGGGCACCGUCGAAGAAGCCGUGACCGUGAAGCGAACCGGCCAAGGGACCGAAGUCGAGAUGGUGGACGGGUUGAGCAUCGAUCUCGUCGAGAACGUGGCCGAGAUGUGA